AUGCCGGUGUAUGAAAACAGGCACCUCCUGCGUCUUCUUCUCACCCCGCAAGAGCAGGCAAGGCAGUUUGUGGAGUACUGUCGAGCCCAUCAGGUGAUCACGCGGGGUCUUUGUCGCAUAGGCACAACAAAGCGUGGCGGCUUGCGUGGCCUUAUUGCCAACAAAGAAAUAAAGAAGGAUGAAAACGUCGUGAUGCUUUCCGUACGAGCCUCUCUUCACCCUGGAACGGCACUGCGGGACAAACAAUUUUUUGAUUUGCUCCCGCUGCGGGAGAGGGAGAUGUAUUUUCUACGGCGGCCUUUCAUUGAAAACAGCCGUCUGGCAGAUCGCUCUAUUAUUCGGCAUAACCAAUUCCUUCUUGCCACCUACAUGUCGUAUCUUAUCCUCCGUAACGAUGUGAAUGAGGGAUCUCAGGCACUUAAAUACGUGAAUUUUAUGCCCCGCAAUGAGGGCGAUUUUGAGCAACUGAUGUGCAACAUGAGUGGCGCUCUAGACAGUGUGGAGGUAUGUCAGGUUUGUCAAUCGGCUCUGGCAUCGUUCUUUAAAGUGACGCAAGCCGAAGUGAGACCGCUGCUUCUGUGGUCAUUGUCGAUGAUAUUUAGUCGCAUGGCCCCAAUUGACCAUCGUUGGACGUUGCGGCACGCUUUUAGUGGGACACCUUUUGUGGAUGCCUUUGACAUCACUGGGCCGGAUGACGAUGAGAAUCUUGUGAAGGAGCCCAUUGUGUUUCUCUGUCCUGUGAUUGAUAUGUGUAAUCACAGCGAUCAUGAGAAUGUGGCGCUGAUGGUCCCGGAGAAAACCCCCACUGCCCACGAACCUGUGAUUUGCCUGCGCUCCUUGCGGGAUAUCGAGAAUGGGGAAGAACUCACCAUGACGUACGGAGGAUCACCGACGGAGCUGAAGGUCAUCUGGGGGAUGCAACAUGUGCUGUGA